UAUGUAAAGUUAUUUCCAACUUUAACAUUAAAAUGCGUGUUUAUUUAUUCUUUUUCACAUAUUGAUUUAAAUAGAAACGUCAUUAUAUCACGGGUAGAGGUAGUAAUUGGCAGACAGUACCGAUCACUAAAAACUAAACCGAUAAAAAUCGUCUGCUUAAUUAAGAAAUAGAACAGAAAUAAACAAAUCGCAACAACAACAACAACAGAAUAACAGCAGUCAAGCAAAUAAUUAUUUUACUAAAAGAAAAAAGAAUAAGGAUGUAUGGUGGCAAGUACGGCGGAAGGGGAGGAGCCUAUAACCGUCACGAGUCACGCGCGCGUCCGCGUGAAGAUUUCAUGUCGAGCUAUGAGGAGUCUUACAUGAGAGGCUCAGACCGCUAUGGAAAUUACAACUCAACGUCCUCAUAUUACGGAAGAGGAACUGGAGAUCUAGAAAUGUCUGGUGUUGACCUAUAUAUACAGUAUAACACACGGGCUCAUCAUACAAACGAGUUUGAUAUCACAGAUGGCACGGUAUAUGACAGUCGGGAAGUUCUCGUUGUACGACGUGGUCAACCAUUCUACAUGAAAAUCACGUUAAAUCAACCCUACAAUCCUGCAAAAGACAAUCUACGACUGGUUUUUCUAUUUGGUAAGAACCCAAACCCUGCGCGCGGAACACAAGUUGAACUCUACCUAUCAUCAGAUUCAAGACAUGAUGCUGGGGGAUGGGGUAUAAAUAUUGAGGCCUCAGAUGGCACAUCUGUGACGCUUUCUGUGUCUGCCCCGCCCACAUGUUUAGUUGGAAAGUGGUAUCUGAAAGUAGACUUGUUAAAGGAAGGCGGCAAUACGAGAAACAACAUGAAAAGAUACGAUCACAAAGAUCCGAUAUACAUUCUAUUCAAUCCAUGGUGUAAAUAUGAUCAGGUGUUCAUGAGCAACGAUGUAUUGCUUGGAGAAUAUGUAUUGAAUGAGACGGGCAAGAUAUACAAUGGUAGUUUCCGAAAUAUCUCUUUCAUGCCGUGGAACUUUGGGCAGUUUUCAGGCAAAGUUCUCGAUUGUGUUAUGUACCUUCUUGACGAGGUGUCGAACCUUCCUGAACAUCAGAGAGGAGACGCAAUCAAAGUUUCCCGAAUAAUCUCCAGCUUGGUGAAUAGUAGUGACAACAAUGGAGUGGUGGUCGGUAAUUGGACUGAACGGUAUCAAGGGGGCGCUUCACCAAUGUCCUGGACCGGAAGUGUUGAUAUUUUGGAACAAUAUUACAAGACAAAACGACCCGUGAAAUACGGUCAAUGCUUCAUAUUUGCUGCAGUUGUUGCAACAGUAUGUAGAGCUCUUGGUAUACCUGUAAGAUGUGUAACCAACUAUAAUUCUGCUCACGAUAAAGACGCAAAUUUGACAAUAGAUAAAUAUUUCAACAGAAAGUUUGAAGAAAUAGAAGAGCUGAAUAAAGAUUCAAUUUGGAAUUUCCAUGUGUGGAAUGAUGUGUGGAUGACUCGACCGGACCUUCCAGCAGGCUAUAAUGGUUGGCAAGCCAUAGAUGCCACACCCCAAGAAAAGAGUAAAGGUAUCUACUGUAUGGGACCAGCGUCUUUGACAGCUGUUAAAAACGGACACAUACGUCUACCGCAUGACGCACAUUUUGUGUUUGCCGAGGUGAACGCUGAUAGAAUAAUGUGGAUGGGUGUGUCUCCGCACAAUCGACGAAUGAUAAAGAAGGAGACAAAUUGGGUCGGCCAGUUUAUGAGUACAAAGAAACCGCUGUCACUAACUGAGACAACCGAUUGGAGGCGUGGUCUAGAUAGGGAAAGAGAAGACGUUACAUACCAGUAUAAGUUCAAGGAAGGUUCGCCAGAGGAACGAGCCGCCGUAAAACGAGCAAACGUUCAUAAAACGAACGACGACGUUUUCGGAGAUACCAGCAAGAAGGAUGAUGUUGCAUUUGAACUAAAAGCUGACAAUAACACUUUCAUUGGCCAGCCAUUGAACGCUGUGCUGAUAAUAAAGAAUCUGAGUAAGAUGACUCGGACAGUUGGCGGACACGUCAGUAUAAAAUCAGUAUAUUACACUGGUGCUACAUGCAGAGAGGUUUAUAAGGAAGAUGUUCCAAAGACAUCCUUGAGAAUGGAUGAAGAUAAAAGAUUUCAAAUAGAAGUCCCAGUAAGAUAUUAUUUGGAAAAGUUAACCGACCACUGUUUUCUUAAGAUAACAUUUUCCUGCAUGGUUGAGGAAACAGGACAGGCAUUUGCUGAAGUUGCUGAGGUUAGACUUCGUAAACCACAUAUUACUAUCAAGGCUCCGAAUACCGGAUAUAUUGGCCAGACAUUCAAGGUUGAAGCAUCCUUCAUGAACCCUCUACCUACACCUCUAACAAACAGUAUUCUACGCGUUGAAGGUCCAGGAUUUCAGAAACCAGUUACUUACAGAAUACAAGAUGUAGAUGUUGGCAAGGGCAUGAAUGUAACUUUAGAGUUUACACCAGUGAAGGUUGGAGAGAAGGAAAUUAUCAUGAACUUCAGCUCUGAUGAACUGGCUAAUGUUAACGCGGCACAACCAGUAUAUAUUCAUCGGUAGACCAGACGAAAUUGCAAAAUAUAUGUACAUUGUAUAACAUUUGUGAUGAUAAAACAUAUUCAGCACAUAUAUGUAUUGGUGAAUAUUUGUACCCAUACGAAUUGUUAUGAGUAUCGAUUAUAUUCAUGCAAAAUUAUAGCUACUUGACUUUAAUACUAUUUUAUCUACAAUAUGUCAACAUGUAAAAUAAAUUAAAUAAGAGUGCAUGCUAAAAUGUAUGAAUAGUAUUAAUUAUCCUAUUCACAUACAAGGAAUGCAACUUACCACUUUUAACAUGACACCUCUUUUUUAAACCUAACACGUUAUAUAUCUUGUUAACUAUUUUAUCAUUUUCUAGUAUCACAAAAAUAACAAGAUAAGUUGUUUUUUACCAUUGUUAUCGAAAAAAGCAUUUCCUGACUUGAUCAUAUUCAGAUUUACACAUUGUUAAAUCUAUACAUUAUGUUAAAUGUACAAUUUUCAAAUUGUAAAUUACUUGCAAUAGAUCAUGGCCAUAUUCCUUUGUAUUUUUGUAUGCUUAUUGUACAUGUUGUGUUUUAUAUCUAUGUUUCUAUAUACAUGAUAUACAUGUAGUUUCUAUAAAGUUGCAUCACAACCAGAUGCUUUAUCUAAAAAUAUCUUUAUUUUCUAGCUUUGUGAGCAUUUUAAUGAAGAAAAGUUGUUGUGACAGAAAUAAACAUGGUUAUGAAUUGUUUGUUUUCGUAGAUUUGUGUUAUACAAAACUGUUAAAUGAAAUUGUGUUUUUUUUUCCAAUAUUGUUCUAAAGCUGUUAUGUUUUUCUUUUCAUUCUAUCGGUUACCUUUAAAAUUUCUCUAUUCAAAUGUUAUCAUUGUUUUUUUUAAUAAACACAUAUAAGUUUUACUUACAAGAAGAGCGUUUUUAUCUCGUUUAUUUGACUAUAAAUCAAAUCAAUCAUUAGAACGUUUGUCUUAUCCAAAAAAAUAAUUGUUUGAGAAUUGAUCGAGAGCGUCGUUAGAGAUGGACAGAAGUUGUGUGCAAGUUUAGGUUUUUCAAAAUUUUGGCUAUGUGUAUCGAGUUUCAGAUAACAAUAAGUGGUAUAAAUGUAAACAAAUGUGAUAAAUGUCUCACCAUUUUCCUUGUACGAGUACAAUAUCUUUUGGAACUGAUACCGGCCACAUGUGUAUGCUAUUAUGAGGUUAUUAUACAUUGUUGAGUACAAUACUGAAUUAUAUUGGAUGAGGACACAACUGUCAAAACCAUAUUGGACCGGGUGCUAGUCGAGUCUGAUAUAGGUUUUGUCGAAGUGGAUGAGUCCAACAGAAUCCAUAUUGUUUUAGUUAUUUCAAACCACCAUUUUUUACAUUAUGACGGAACUAUGUUUCUUUGUGUACAAAAAGGAUUUGAUAUGGAUUUUGGGAUCUCAAUUAAUAAAAACGAGGCUAUAUGGUGUGUGAUAUGAAUUUGAUAUGAACCUUUUGGACACUGGAAAUGGUAACAACGCUAUAAAGGGUGUGACAUGGAUUUUGAUCUAGACCUUUUGGACUACGGGAAUCAAAACGAGGCUACAUUGAUAUGAUUUAUAUUUGAACAUCAUGUGUUACA